AUGAUCUGUGCUAAGAAGCUCAUCAAAUUGGCAAGAAAAUGGCAGAUACUGGCUGCUAUUGAGCCAAAAAGGCUCACGUGGCCGCAAAUCAUUAGCAGUCUAGAUUCAGAUGACUGCAGCACAUCUUCAACAGCAGAGAAGGGUCACUUUGUUGUUUAUACAACUGACGAAAACCGCUUUUUGCUUCCGUUGGAUUACCUUAAAAAUGAAAUUGUUAGAGAGCUAUUUAAUUUAGCAGAAGAAGAGUUUGGAUUAACAAACAAUGGACCUCUUACAUUGCCAUGUGAUGCUGCCUUCAUGCAAUAUGCAAUUGCCUUGAUCCAGCAGAAUGUGGCUAAAGAUAUAGAGAAAGCAUUGCUGAUUACCAUAGCUAGCAAUGGAUGUUCAUCGUCUUUAUAUCCUCGUCAUCAAGAAACUCAAGACAACAUCACAAUGAUCAAUCCAAUGAAACUCAUUAAGUUCGCAAAAAAGUGGCAAAAACUAGCUGCCCUGGAGAGCAAAAGAAUUUCAAUACAAAGAAGCGGUGAAGAUGAAAACACAAACAACAAUGACAAGUCACCAGUGGCAGAUAAAGGCCAUUUUGUGGUCUACACGGUGGAUCAAAGGCGCUUCGAGUUCCCCAUUUCGUAUCUUAACAAUAACAUCUUUAGAGAACUCCUGGAGAUGUCCGAGGAAGAGUUUGGCUUGCCAAGAAAUGGUCCUAUAACAUUGCUAUGUGAUGCAAUGUUCAUGGAAUAUGCAGCUUCCUUGAUGCAACAAAAUGUUGAUAAAGAUAUGGAGAAAGCAUUGCUUAUGUCUAUAGCUAGUAGUAGUAGUAGUAAAUGCUCAUUGUCUUUUCGUUCUCUACAUCAAGAACAAAGUAGUCAGCAAUUGCUGGUUUGCUGA